AUGGGGCCAUUAAGUACUUUUUACAGUCAACAAUUAGAUUAUUGGUUAGUAAACCAUCCUGGACGUGUCGUUGGACUUCACCAAAUAUCAAAAAUAUUUGGAGAAGCAUACAUCAAAGCAGCUAAUAUCAGAAAUGCAUGUUCUGGUUUUAAAAAGACUGGUAUUUUUCCAUUUGACCCAGAAGUAUUUACAGAAGUAGAUUUUGCUGCCGCUGAAACAACAAAUCUAAUUCAAGAACCAACAGAACCUGUAGUAGCUGCACAUCAAAUAGAAAUAGUAAUACCCAAUAAUAAUAUUGCUCCUGAAGCUAGUACAUCAUGUAAUAUUCCAUUGAAUAACUCUGUUGAUAUUGAUGUGUCAAAAGAUAAUAUUAACAUUAAAAAUAUCAAUACUUUUAAUGUAUCUCCAGAAAUGAUUCAACCGAUUCCAAAAAUUCCUGCUAGAAGUUCUAGGUUGAGUAACAGUAGAAGAGGAAAAACAGCAAUAAUAACAGCUAGCCCUUAUAAAAAUGAUCUAGAAGAUUCACAAAAUAUUAAACCAGUCAAAAGAAGUUUUUUUGAAAAUAAAACUGUUUGCCAUACUAAAAAAUCUUUGAAAAAACGUGCCACAUGUUCUAAAGAUGAUGUUGAUGUGCAGUGCCUAUAUUGUAGUGAGUUAUACACAACAAAUACAAAUGGGGAAAAAUGGAUCAAAUGCACAACUUGUAAAAAUUGGUUGCAUGAGGUAUGUGGUAAUGUUGAAAAUUGGAAAACAUAUAUCUGUGAUAACUGUAAAAAAUAA